AUGACAAAAUCAACAUCGGACAUCUUCAUGAGCAUAAAACCAGAACAUAUGAAAAACAUAGCCUCAGGAUCCAAGAACCACGAAUACCGAAGCUACCUCCUCCCACCAAGCAUCCAACACAUCUGGUUCUACACAACUAGUCCUAUCAAACAAAUCGAAUUCGUUGCCCGGAUCUCGCCGGGUAAAAUCCCAGGUGAAGUCCCUGACGACGGGGGUAUCGGUAAUGCGGAGUUCAAUGCCGGGUUGAAAGAAUCCAAGUACGGAUAUGAGAUUCUGGCGCUGUGGAGGUUGAAGAUGGCUGUUAGUUUGGAAAUGGCGAUUGCUGAGGGGUUUUUGAAAGGUGCGCCGCAGAAGUAUUGUUGGGUUUCUUUGGAGUUCUUGGGGAGGUUUGAGUUGGAUGAACAGGAUUUGUUGAAAGGAUGA